CACCUCAAUCUCUCAAGGGCCUACUUCCACUACACAAAUCCAUUCAUAGUAGCAAUACAGUCUAUCCAAUCUUAAAGCUCUUCAAAGCCACCGAAAACCCCACGAUGCAAAUCCCCAUCCUCUUCCUCGCCCUCCUCGCCACCUUCACUACCGCACAAAACGCUUGCACUGGCGACAAAUCCCAAGCAGGGUACUGCACCGCCCUAACCUACGUUGACCGCACCACCUCUGUGACCGGGCCCCCCACCGUCACCGAAUGCCUCGACACAUGUCGAGGUGUCCUCUCUGAAGCUGGAGACUGGCAGAUCGACUUCCGUGGCCAGCCCGCAUCCUACGUGCAAGUUAUGAUGGGAUAUCCGUGCGAGUUUGCGGUGUCAAGGCCCGCGAGUGAACCCCAGUAUGUGACUGCAGUGCAUAACCAAGAUAUCAUUGAUAUUAUCGAUGAGGUUAAUAAAAGGUUUGGGGGAUUGCAUGCCGGCAAGGUGGCGGCGACGGGGACGAUGAAUUGUGGCGGGCAUAUUGCGAAUUGGUAUGUGGAUUAGAUGGACAGUGUCAAUGGGAAGAGAAUUCCAUCAGCCAAGCCUCUUGCUAGAAUUUAGGAGGCUGUUGAAAGAGUAUAGUGGCUAGGUUUUGUUGUUAAAUCCGAUAUAUUCCUCCCCAUGCUCCUUCAAACUGCCUAUAUUCAGCCCACCUCUCUUCUUUUACCCACGAACGAAUAUAUCAAUUCUGUGACCAACACAUCUCUCUUCAUUCUC